ACACCCAUUCCCAGAACUUUUUCAUCUUCCCAAGUUUCAACAGAAACUGUGCUCUUUAGACUCCGGCUCCCUGUUCCUCCAGCUCCUGGCAACUGCCAUCAGCAUCAUUUUCUCUACCUGCUAAAAACUGCCUAGGCAUCCAAGUUGAUGUUUUGGGAAACAAUGGCAUUAAAUAUGAUGGACAUACCAAUACCUCAGAAAGUAGACAAGAUGGGACUUCUGUGGUGUGUGAUGAGUCUCUACUUCUAUGGGAUCCUGCACAGUGAUGCCUCAGAGCGCUGCGAUGACUGGGGGCUAGAUACCAUGAGGCAAAUCCAAGUGUUUGAAGAUGAGCCAGCUCGCAUCAAGUGCCCACUCUUUGAACACUUCUUGAAAUAUAACUACAGCACAGCCCAUUCCGCUGGCCUUACUCUGAUCUGGUAUUGGACUAGGCAGGACCGGGACCUUGAGGAACCAAUUAACUUCCGCCUCCCUGAGAACCGCAUUAGUAAGGAGAAAGAUGUUCUCUGGUUCCGGCCCACCCUGCUCAAUGACACAGGCAACUAUACCUGCAUGUUAAGGAACACCACAUAUUGCAGCAAAGUUGCAUUCCCUCUGGAAGUUGUUCAAAAAGAUAGCUGCUUCAAUUCUCCCAUGAAAGUCCCAGUGCAUAAACUGUAUAUAGAAUAUGGUAUUCAGAAGAUCACUUGUCCAAAUACAGAUGGAUAUUUUCCUCCCAGUGUCAAACCAACUGUCACUUGGUAUAUGGGCUGUCAAAAAAUAGAAGACUUUAAUAAUGUGGUACCUGAAGACAUGAAUUUGAGUUUCCUCAUAGCUUUGGUUUCAAAUAAUGGAGAUUACACGUGCGUUGUUACAUAUCCAGAAAAUGGGCGCGAGUUCCAUCUCACCAGGACUCUGACUGUAAAGGUGGUUGGGUCUCCAAAAUAUGCAUUGCCCCCCCAGAUCCAUUCACCCAAUGAUCUUGUGGUGUAUGAGAAAGAACCAGGAGAGGAGCUAAUCAUCCCCUGUAAAGUCUUUUUUACUUUCCUGAAGGACUCUCACAAUGAGGUUUGGUGGACCAUUGACGGAAAAAAGCUAGACGACACCACUGUUGACGUAACUGUUAAUGAAAGUGUAAUUCUGACUAAAAUAGAAGAUGAAACAAGAACUCAGAUUCUGAGCAUCAAGAAAGUUACUGCCGAAGAUCUCAAACGCAACUAUGUCUGUCAUGCUAGAAAUGCCAAAGGGGAGGUUGACCAGCCAGCCAAGGUGAAGCAGAAAGUGAUAGCUCCAAGAUACACGGUGGAACUGGCCUGUGGUUUUGGAGUCACUGUGCUGCUCGUGGUGAUUCUCAUUGUUGUUUACCAUGUUUACUGGCUGGAGAUGGUCCUAUUUUACCGAGCUCAUUUUGGAACAGACGAAACCAUUUUAGAUGGGAAAGAAUAUGAUAUUUAUGUAUCCUAUGCAAGGAAUGCUGAAGAAGAAGAAUUUGUAUUACUGACCCUCCGUGGAGUUUUGGAGAAUGAAUUUGGAUACAAGCUGUGUAUCUUUGACAGAGACAGUCUGCCUGGGGGAAUUGUCACAGAUGAGACCUUGAGCUUCAUUCAGAAAAGCAGACGCCUGCUGGUUGUCCUAAGCCCCAACUACGUGCUCCAGGGAACCCAAGCCCUCCUGGAGCUCAAGGCUGGCCUAGAAAACAUGGCCUCUCGGGGAAACAUCAACGUCAUUUUAGUACAGUACAAAGCUGUAAAGGAGACGAAAGUGAAAGAGCUGAAGAAGGCUAAGACGGUGCUCACGGUCAUUAAAUGGAAAGGGGAGAAAUCCAAGUAUCCACAGGGCAGGUUCUGGAAGCAGCUGCAGGUGGCCAUGCCAGUGAAGAAAAGUUCCAGGUGGUCUAGAAGUGGGGAGCAGGGGCUCUCCUAUUCAUCCUUGAAAAAUGUGUGACAGGGACAUGAAAGGGGUAAACAGAUCCAAGGAUACCCCGGGAAGAAAGAGUUCCCCCUUCUUGAUACCCAAUUUAUUGUUUCAUGGACAGAAAAGAGUGCUAUGGAAGCCUCCCCCUAGGGAUAAAUUCGGGGUGACUGUGUGACUGGUUGUGUUUCCUCAGGCAAUACUAAGAUUUAGAAUGAUUGUGCCACCAGUCUGUCACCAGUGUCCAAUGUCACUACGUUCUUUGCAGGCAAAGUGUUGUUUGAUGCAAAGCUUGUCUUCUGCAUCUUCUUUCUCUGUUCUUACAUGUCCCUUCUCUGCCUUUGGCUAUGGAUUGAAAGACCCCUUAAAGAGAGGUCAUCUGUUGGCAGGGUCAUUAUGAGUGUCUCAGUAUAGUUUUUUUUUUCUUUUAUUAUUACCCAUCUGUUAAAAAGAUAACCAGGGUAUAUAUUUAGUGUAGCUGAGGAUAAUGAGCUCCUUUGCUCCUCCUACUGUACAACACACCGUCACAGCAAAACUGACACUCACUUAGACGAUGCAGAACGGUGUUACUGGAAAUGUCCCUUACAAUAGGUUUAAAGGACUUGCCUGCAUUUUCUCUACUGUAUACCCUGUGCCCUCUAUCUCAGGUAAUUGAUGUCAUAUGUGUCAACUCAAAAAAUGGAAUUGUCUUAUUACAGUAAACUUCUGAGUAUCUGUAGGUCAGUCCAUAUUUAUCAUUCUGUUUUCCCUGUCUACUCUAACUUGCUGGUAUCAGUCCCUCAGAAUUUCCAGGUGGCUCCACACUUGGUUCAGUCUGAGAGGAAGCUUCUCCUCAUGGUGCUAAUGGAGUGAAAUAACGGCAAAAUGCUUUUAGGGCAUUUUCUGGCUUGUGAGAAAAGGGCAGAGCAGGUGUUUGGCCAUUUGUCUUUUAUGCUCAGCCUUACUAAUGUGAAUAUGGGGACCGUGAUUUGCUCUCACUUGUUUCUGGCUCCCCAGUGUAAAGCAUGGAAGUUAGACUCAGUUGCGUUCAACAUUAAUGUUCUAAGAGAAUUAAUAGAACCCCUAGUAUUUUCCCUGUUUUGCUCACUGCUACAGUUAAUGCACUCACUCCAAACAAGUCAGCUGAGAGGUCACUGUCGAUGUAACUUGUUUUAGUUUGUUUUUAGUAAAACUUCAUUGUUCUUAAGACUUGGAAAAGUGAAAACUAAGUCCAGAGUUUACAGAGUGAUAAAUAUCUACA